AUGGAAACUAAUGCUGAAAAAAAUGAUGCAAAGGUUUGGCCUGAUUCAAUAAUUAAGGAUUACAUUCAUAUUAUGGUUGAUGAGGUCACCAAAGGAAAUAUGCAGAACGGUGUUUUUCACACUAGAAUAUGGAAUUCCAUAAAAGAUAAAAUGAAUUCCGUAAGUAAUCGGUCUUUUAGUGUCAAGCAAAUAAAGCAAAAGUUCCAUAGACUACGAACUAAGCAUCGUGAGUUCUCUUUACUCUUGCAACACACUGGAUUUGGUUGGGAUGCUGAAACCAACACUGUCACUGCUAGUGAAGAAGUUUGGCAGUCUUACAUUCGGGUGCAUCCAGAGGCUGCUCAAUUUCAAAAGAAAGGAUGUGAGCAUUACAAGUUAUUAGGAAUCUUAUUUAAUAGAAGUACUGCAACUGGAGUACUUCAUCAUUCAUCUACCCAAGACCCACCAAAUACAGAUGAAGAACUUGAGCUUGAAAAUCAAUACCUUAAUAAUGGUGUUCACGUAGAUGUUAAUCUAGAUAGUUCAGAUGAUGACUUGCAAACAAUUGAGCAAACCACACAUCGGGGAAAACGCAAAAUUCAAGCAAGAGAACGUAAGUCUUACAAAGAGUCUAAAACAUUUCAAAUGGCAGAUGCACUUCAAGCAUGGGCAGAAGCAUCUAAAGCAAAAGCAGAGAUUUCUUUUGCAAGAGCUGAGAAAUAUAGGGCCACUUCUUCAAACUAUUCUACAGAUUAUUCUAUUACAAAGUGUGUGGCUGCCCUUGAAGAGACUAAAGACGUUGCAAAUGACAUCUACAUUAAGGCUUUGAAAAAAUUUGUGGAGCCUACAUGGAGGAAAAUGUUUCUUGCUAUGUCUACUGAUAGGAGAAAGGCAUGGCUAGAUACAAUUGAUUGA